AUGGCCCUGGUGCAAUUCUGUUCGCCAUACUGGAUAAAACCAAAGAUGGUCCCUCGUCUUACUGGGACCAUAGGCCUCUCGAACACAAGUGUAGCGAAUCAAACCACUGAGAUAGGAUUUGUUGUAGUGCUUCCUGAGUUCCAGAGAACACACGUAGCAUCCAACGCCAUUGGUCUUCUCCACUACUGCCUGAAGUUUUCUGCCGGAUAUGCCACAAGUGAACUCAAAUAUGGUCCCAGACUUGGACUACAGCGUGUACAAUGGGAGGGUAAGACUGGGACGUCCGUCUCUCCAGAGCAUCAGGCGCUACGGGCAGGUCCAGGACGUGACGCUUUGGUGUUAUCACUGUGUUGGGAUGAUUGGGAUCUUGACAGUACUCGAGCGACAGUGCAACAGCAGAUGGACAGCCACCGAGAAGAUAUCAACACCCGACCCGUACAAGUUCGUUUCGAGAGCGUGACGUAUCCCAGGUAUCUAGACAACUCUCGAGAGCUGAUUGGACGGAUACAGACUACAUCGAUAAAAUCAAGCCCACUUGUUCGGGAACACUCGGAAACCUAA